UAGAAAACAUACAAGGCAUAAUUGUGAAGCAAAAGAGAAAGAGAAAGAGAAAUUAUGGCAACGGUUGGAAGGAAUGUGGCAGCUCCUCUGCUGUUUCUGAACUUGGUCAUGUAUUUCAUUGUUCUUGGCUUUGCUAGCUGGUGCCUCAACAAGUUCAUCAAUGGCCAAACUAAUCACCCCAGUUUUGGAGGAAAUGGUGCAACCAUGUUCUUCUUGACGUUCUCUAUGCUAGCGGCGGUUCUUGGAAUAGUGUCCAAAUUCUUAGGCGGCAACCACAUUAGAACAUGGAGGAAUGACAGCUUGGCAGCUGCCGGAGCCACUUCAGUUGUUGCCUGGGCUGUCACGGCUCUUGCCUUUGGCUUGGCAUGCAAGCAGAUAAACAUAGGAGGACAUAGAGGGUGGAGGUUGAGGAUUGUGGAGGCGUUCAUAAUCAUUCUCACGUUUACACAAUUGCUUUACUUGUUGCUUAUCCAUGCUGGCUUGUAUAGUACCAGAUAUGGCCCUGGCUACCGUGACUCCGACUACGGCGUAGGAGGUGCUACUACUGGAGACCCUAUGCACAAGGGUACUGGUGUUCCCACUUCUACUUCUCGUGUCUGAUCAUCGAUCAUCUAAGUCAUCCAACUGUGUUUUAAUUUCGUUUACUCUUUUGGGAGAUUAUGUCGUAGCAUUUUCACUUUGUAUAUGAAUGUUUCUAAUUAUCUUUUGUAUUUUCUGCUUUCUCUAAUCUCGUACUGUACUCCAUCAAUAACGUGACGUUAUAUGCUAAGAAAGC